GAGCAUCAGUCCACUAGAUGCUGGAAACUGGAUCCUCGGUGGAACCUGCACACGUCAUCCAGGCAUUACGAUCAUUGGAGCACAAAUGGAAGUCUACGGCCCCAACAUGGGUGAGAGCGGAGCCUCUCUCUGUCAGGUGAAGCAGCUCCCCUGCCCCAGCGUCCCCCUUUCCUGUCUGCAAGCAGGUGGAAACCACAGGAGCAACCUCCCCCAGCUCACUUGCAGGCUGUCCGUGAACGGCGUGGCCUCUGCGGUGACCCCCGGCCCAACGCCGGCCAUCCGGAACAGGGUGAACGGAGCCACGGCGGGUACCCGCAGCAGCUCGGAGUGUAUGGCCUCCACACUGGGAGAGGAUGCUGUAGCAGCCCGGGGGGCUUCCAAAGGGAAGGUUUUGGUGACAGGAGGAGGGGGAUACUUUGGAUUCAGGUUGGGAAGAGACCUGGCCAGUCAAGGAUUCACUGUCAUCCUUCUGGACAUUUGCAAGCCUCCCUGUGAUAUUCCGGAUGGAGCAACUUUUUAUCAGAGUGACAUUCGGGAUUAUACCUCCCUCUAUAAAAUAUGUGAAGGGGUGGAAUGCGUCUUCCACACGGCGGCUUACGGCAUGUCUGGGCCAGAGCAGCUGAAAAAGGAACAGGUGGAGUCCGUCAACGUCGGAGGCACCAAUAAUGUCAUAAAUGUGUGUAAAGAGAGGAGCAUCCCCAGACUGGUGUACACCAGCACCACCAAUGUGGUGUUUGCCGGGAGAGCCAUCACUGAUGGCGAUGAAGCUUCAGUGCCAUAUGUGCCCAACGAUUUGCACAUCGAUCACUACUCCAGAACGAAAGCGAUUGCUGAGCAGAUGGUCCUGCUGGCCAACGGAUCCGCACUGACAGGUGGAGGGGUGCUGCAGACCUGCGUCCUGCGUCCCUGUGGCAUCUAUGGACCAGGAGAGUGGAGGCACCUUCACAGAGUGAUAAUGAAUGUGAAGCGUCGCCUGCUAUGCUUCAGGUUUGGCGACCCCAAUGCCAAGAUGAACUGGGUCCAUGUGGAUAACCUGGUGCUGGCCCACAGGCUGGCAGCAGAAGCCCUCACUCUGAAGAGGAGCUGCAUCGCUAGUGGACAGACCUACUUCAUUAACGAUGGAGUUUCAGUCAAUUUGUUCGACUGGCUGACACCUUUGUUUGAAAAGCUGGGCUACAGCAGGCCGUUGAUACAUCUGCCGUUUUCUCUUGUCUAUUCAGCAGCCAUCAUGGUGGAGUAUUUACACCUGAUUCUGAGACCGGUGGUCGAAGUGCCUCUCCUUUUCACCAGAAGCGAGGCCAGGAACAUCACAGUGAACCACACCUUCAAAAUCGACAAGGCCCGCCGAGACCUGGGCUACUGCCCCAAGCCCUACAACCUGGGGGACUCUGUGGAGCACUACCUGAAGAGCCAGCAGACUCCCUCCCCUUCGCUGAGCUGGUCAGCCUCCCAGCUGCCCCUUCUGCUGCUGAUGGCGUUCGUCUUACUGGCACUUAUCCUGUAUUUCUUAGUUCUUCAAAUCAACUGAAAUAUUUAGCACAGACGGUAGAAGCAAAGACUGUUAUUCAUCUUGGACCUCUUUUGUUUUGUUUUCUCUUGUAAAAGGGGCUCUGUAGAUAGACAGACUAAUAAACAGAACUGAAGAAGUGA